AAAGGGAAAAAAAAAAAAAAAACUCCACUACUGUUUAUUGCCCAACAGUUUGUGAUUGUUUAGCUGACUAUGCAUGCAGGCAAACCCUAACAUAUCCGACACAAUUCCAACCUUCCUUCUCUUCAUUUAACGCCUAGUGUGACAAUUAUAUUCUAGAUUGCCAUCAAUCACGAUUCACACCUCAAAGCUAUGAAGGUCGUAUGGCAAUGAUGCAAAGAUGUCUAAAUCGAUCGUCAGGGCAUUUCGAUCGGGUUUAUCGGUGACCCGAUCAUCUCACUUGGUGGGAUGUAGGAGAGCGAUACACACUCCAAAAAAGAUACACACGAGUACAAUUGGAGUUGACAAUGAAGCACGAAUGAAUCAUGUGCUAUCAGCAUAUCCUACAUUCAAUCUCAACCCAGAAGAAAAUCUAGCAAAUGACAGACCUCUAGGACCUCGUAAGGGCGAUGAAGCUAUCCUUACCUUGUCAGGCGGCGUGGAUUCUUCUAUGGCAGCCUAUCUUGCAUUGACAAAAGGAGGCUUGAUUCCCCAUAGGACAAUCUUUAUGCGUAAUUGGAACUCUCUAGACGAAGCCGAAAGCUUCGAGCCAGGCGCAGGAGGAGCAGAAGGAUGUCAAUGGUUACGUGAUUGGCAUCGUGUAGAAGCGAUGGCAAAGUGGUUGGAUGUCAAGCCAGAGUUAGUGGAUCUUUCUAUUCCAUACUGGAAUUCCGUUUUUGCUCCAGCUUUGGAUGAAUGGCAAACCGGUAAAACGCCAAAUCCGGACAUUGCCUGCAAUCGGGAAAUCAAGUUUGGUGAACUUUUACGACAAAUUGAUGCCGAAGAGCAGAAUGACACCUCUUUCGGAAGGUAUAAACCACGGAGAUGGCUCGUCACUGGUCAUUACGCUCACGUCGGCUACUACUACCCUCAGCAAGAUUCAUUGCUCCAUGCCAGAUUGCUCCGUGCAAAAGAUUCAAACAAAGAUCAAUCAUAUUUCUUGAGCGGUGUUUCAUCCGUACAUCUUGGCAGGUCACACUUCCCUUUGGCCAAUGUUGAAAAGGAUCAUGUUCGAGCUGCAGCAAGGGCACUGGGUAUGCCAACAGCCGAAAGUGAAGAAAGUAUGGGUCUAUGCUUUGUCGGGAAACGAAACAAGCGUCAAGAAGAUCAACCGAAGUCACUCACUCGCAAGGAGAGAGGCUCUGCAGCAACACAACUUGGCUUUGCCGGCUUUUUGGGAGAUUAUAUAGAUCGAAAACCUGGUCCGAUCUUGACCUUGGAAGGCAAUCAGGUUGGCACUCACUUUGGUCUACAUACGCUCACUGUUGGCCAAGGUGCAAGGGUAGGCGGAGCACAACAAAAAUACUUUGUUGCUGCAAAAGAUGCCAAAAGCAAUGCUGUGAUUGUUGUACCCGGUACUGAUCAUGCAAUGCUACAAUGUACCUGGCUGGACAUAGAUGAAUUUUCUGUGAUUUCUCCUGCAACAUACAACUCUAAUGGUACCCUAUACGCUCAAAUUCGACACCGUCAAGAUCCUGUUGCCUGUCACAUUGAGAAAUGCGGGGACUGCACUCGUGUUCACUUUGAGCAGCCCAUUUCGAGUGUAGCUGAAGGUCAAGUUUGUGCUCUUUAUGAUGCCAGUAACACUGAAUGUUUGGGAAGUGGUGUGAUCACCGCCGUUCAAACCCUUGCUUCUUCGGAGAUGCAGUGAUGAGCUUUUGUCUGUUUAUUCCUGCUGUAUACUAUCUUUUUGUAUUAUGUUUCGAUAAUUCUAUUAAUGAUUUCAUCCAAACGAUACCCAUUCCAUCAAGACGAUUAUGAGGAUUGUUUGACUGAUAGAAUCUUCUUAACGCGGCG